CCCUAAAUUCUGAAGUUGCUGGAUCUAUAUGCACAAGCGAUAGUAAGGCACUGAUUUUUGACCGUAAAAGGAUUGCUGUAUCAUUCGCUUAAUCGAUCCUGUAUAAUCAGGUUCGGUCUUGUUUUUGAACCCUGAUUUGCAAAUAAUUUCUUCAGAUUGAUGGCGUUGGAUCCAAUUUCUUUAUGCGGAGCUUGACUUUAAAUUACGUACCUCCUAGUAUGCAUGAGUUUCUUGCUUAACGUCUCCAUAUGUAGUGAUCGCUUCAUAUCUCAAAUCUCAAUUUGGCAUGAGGGUUAAAAAAGAAUGGGGGCACUUAUGUCAAGGUUUUGGUUCAUGUUAUUUCCUGCAAAGGAGUACAAGAUUGUUGUUGUUGGAUUGGAUAAUGCAGGCAAAACAACAACACUGUAUAAGUUGCAUCUAGGUGAGGUGGUAACUACUCACCCCACUGUUGGUAGCAACGUGGAGGAGCUGGUUUAUAAGAAUAUACGAUUUGAGGUGUGGGAUCUUGGUGGGCAAGACAGGCUUAGGACAUCAUGGGCUACGUAUUACCGUGGAACCCACGCCGUGAUUACAGUGAUAGAUAGCACCGACCGGGCUCGGAUUUCCAUCAUGAAAGACGAACUUUUCCGCUUGCUCCCAAACGAAGAUCUUCAAAAUGCAGUACUACUGGUAUUUGCAAACAAGCAGGACCUGAAGGAUGCAAUGAGCCCGGCCGAAAUAACCGAUGCCCUUUCGCUUCACAGUAUCAAGAACCAUGAUUGGCACAUCCAAGCCUGUUCAGCCCUUACGGGUGAUGGACUCUAUGAUGGCUUGGGUUGGAUUGCUCAAAGAGUUACCGGAAAACCAACUAGCUAGACCUUAAACUAUAAAGGAAGGGAAGGGAAGGAAAGAAAAGAAUCUAUAUUUUGUUUAUAUGAUUUAUUGCAAGUAGAAAUACACACAAAGCCUGUGUACAAUUUGAGUUCGGUCAUUCCCAAGUCGUUGUUUCUAAUUAAAUUCGUUUUGAGAGAUUCAUGAUGAUGUAGUAUAAUAUCCCGUAUUUGGUAAAUCUAAUCUUUUGAUCGAGAACC